AUGAAUUCUGGAUUCUUGCAAGCCUUCCAGAGGGCACUCACCUGCCCCAUCUGCAUGAACUACUUCAUAGACCCAGUCACCAUAGACUGUGGGCACAGCUUUUGCAGGCCCUGUUUAUACAUCAGCUGGCCAAACUUCCCAGUUCUUGCUAAGUGCUCUGAGUGCAAGAAGACAACAUGGCAGAGAAACCUCAAAACUGACAUUCGUGUGAAGAAGAUGGCUUCCCUUCUCAGAAAAGUCAGUCUCCAGCAGUUCCUGAGCGCUGAGGAGCAAAUGUGUGGGGCUCACAGGGAGACAAAGAAGAUGUUCUGUGAAGUGGACAAGAGCCUGCUCUGUUUGCUGUGCUCCAACUCUCAGGAACACCAAGAUCACAGACAUUGUCCCAUUGAAUGGGCUGCUGAGGAAUGCCGGGAGAAGCUCAUAAAGAAAAUGCAGUCUUUAUGGGAAAAAGCUUGUGAAAAUUACAGAAACCUGAACAUGGAAACCAGCAGAACCAGAUGCUGGAAGGAUUAUGUGAGUUUAAGAAUAGAAGCAAUCAGAGCUGAAUAUCAGAAGAUACCGUCAUUUCUCCACGAAGAAGAGCAACAUCAUUUGGAGAGGCUGCAAAAGGACGGCGAGGACAUUUCUCAGCAACUCAAUGAAAGCAAAGCCAGAAUGGAACAAAGGAGGGAGAUGUUAAGAGGAAUGUAUGAGGAGCUAAGGGAAAUGUGCCAUAAACCAGAUGUGGAGCUACUUCAGGCUUUUGGAGACAUAUUACACAGGAGUGAGUCCGUGCUGCUGCACAUGCCCCAGCCUGUGAAUCCAGAGCUCAGUGCAGAGCCCAUCACUGGACUGAGGGUCAGGCUCAACCAAUUCCUAG